GGCUAUUUAUUAAGAGAGAUUACAGCGAUAUCCUUCCUACAAUAAUGAACCACAAUGGAGGCUAAAUAGGAGUUCCCACUUUUCUUAUCAAACGUGUAGUUUUACUUUGUUUGCAACCUUGCAUAACGACGCUUGCUUGAUUUACAAUUUUCCUUAGAUAAAGGAAGUGAUCUCUAUGAUUUUAAACGAUAAGAUCCUUACAGGCUAUGUAGCGAGCUAACUAAUCUAAUUUAGUCCUUCGCGAAUUCAACUUAAUCAAUAUUUUCGUUAACUGAAUUUGACCAGCCACAUCAAAGGUAUGACCGAGUACAAGCUGGUGGUGGUUGGAGCCGGAGGUGUAGGCAAGAGUGCUUUGACCAUACAACUCAUCCAGAAUCACUUCGUAGACGAAUAUGAUCCCACUAUCGAGGACUCUUACCGGAAGCAGGUGGUGAUCGACGGUGAGACGUGCCUGCUGGACAUUCUGGACACAGCGGGCCAGGAGGAAUACAGCGCCAUGCGCGACCAGUACAUGAGGACGGGGGAGGGCUUCCUUUGCGUGUUCGCCAUCAACAACAGCAAGUCCUUCGAGGACGUCCACCUGUACAGGGAGCAGAUCAACAGGGUGAAGGACAGCGACAGCGUUCCCAUGGUGCUUGUGGGCAAUAAGAGCGACCUGGGGACCCGAAGCGUGGAGUCACGGCAGGCCCAGGAGCUAGCUCGCAGCUACGGAGUGCCCUUCGUGGAGACCUCCGCCAAGACCAGACAGGGUGUGGAGGAGGCCUUCUACUCCCUGGUGAGGGAGAUCCGGCGCUACAAGGAGACGCACCGCAGCAACAAGAAGAGCAAGAAGAGCACUCAGAGAAGAUGUCACAUACUAUAGCGCUCUAAGCCAUUUUUAGUCCCAAGUCGACCAUCCCCCAUCCCACCAUCUCGUUGUCAAGGCCCACCUUGGCGACUAUUGACAAAGGUAGCCAUGAUGCGUCGCCACCCACCCACCACCCCAGUGUCACCACCACCCCCC